ACUCGUUCCCCGUCCUCCUCCUUCCAUCUUUAAAUGUAUAAAAGAGAGCACUCUACUUCCACACCAUUAGGCACAAGCCAACCCAAUGAAAGAGUAAAAAGAAAGCAGCGGCUCUAGUUGAAGAAAAAAGGAAAAAGAAAAUGGGUAUUGUAGAAGAAGCUCAUAACGCGAAGAUCUUGGGGUCAGGAGAGCAAGUGAUAGUUUUGGCUCAUGGGUUUGGGACGGAUCAGUCUGUAUGGAAGCACUUGAUUCCACACAUCGUUGAUGAGUACAAAGUUAUUCUGUAUGAUAACAUGGGUGCUGGAACUACAAACCCAGAUUACUUUGACUUCAAUCGGUACUCAUCUCUUGAAGGUUAUGCUUAUGAUUUGCUUGCCAUUUUAGAGGAGUUAAAAGUUGAGUCUUGUAUUCUUGUCGCUCACUCUGUUUCUGGCAUUAUUGGUGCUAUUGCCUCUAUCAGUCGCCCUGAUCUCUUCUCAAAAAUUGUCAUGCUUUCUGCUUCUCCAAGGUAUUUGAAUGAUGUUGAUUACUAUGGAGGAUUUGAGCAAGAAGAUUUAGACCAAUUAUUUGAAGCGAUGCAAAACAAUUAUAAAGCAUGGUGUUCGGGUUUUGCCCCACUAGCCGUGGGUGGAGACAUGGAUUCUGUAGCAGUGCAGGAAUUCAGCCGCACCCUCUUCAAUAUGAGGCCAGACAUUGCCCUUAGCGUGGCACAAACCAUCUUCCAAAGUGACAUGAGGUCAAUCCUGCAUAUGGUCACAGUGCCCUGCCACAUUCUGCAGAGCAUGAAGGACUUGGCAGUGCCUGUGGUUGCCGCUGAAUAUUUGCACCAAAAUCUUGGCGGUGAAUCAAUUGUUGAAGUCAUGUCAUCGGAUGGUCACCUGCCUCAGUUGAGCUCUCCGGAUAUUGUGAUCCCUGUGCUUCUAAAGCACAUUCGUUACAAUAUUGCUUCAUGAUUACCUCUGUAUUGUAAAACUCCUCUUUCCCUGCAAAAUGGGUUUGCUUUUUUAUGCAAGACUGCUAAUUAGGAA